AUGGUUUCCCGAGCCGAACUUGCGGACCAGUCUCGAGGCCCGCCCUCUGUCGCUUCUCGAACGUCUCGAUCUCGACAUCACCACCAUCAUCGCGGUCGAUCCCAUUACGGGGGUACUUCCCAAACAUUGCAGAACGAGUUUCCCUUCUUCGCGCAGUCGGGGGACGUGGAGAUAGUGUUGGCAUGUGAUGGACAAGAGAAAAGAUACCUCCUGCACAGGUUUACAUUGGCGCAGUUUUCGGGGUUCUUCGAGGCGAGUACCAGUGAUGAAUGGUCCCGAAAUCAGGCCAUCCCGAAUGUCCCAUCUUUGCGGCCAGAGCAAGCUCUGAGUGCCAUUGAGGAGGAGUCAUCCCGCGUUGGCUCCGCCGCUGGCCCGUCGGUGCCUCAUCCCAUAUCAGUAUCAUCUCCCCAGCGGAGAUGGAGGUAUGAGUUGGACUGGGAGAAUCUCGAGGACGACGAUGAGCCGAUUUUGGUGCAAAGGACGCCUCAGGGUCCCCUGUUCACUCCUUCUCUACCACCGCCCCAGUCGCAGCAGCGGCCUCAAGCCCACCACACGUCCUUUUUUCGGUCGAUGGCAAAUCUAACCCUGCCUUAUCAUGGUCCGGCGUCGCAAUCGACUGCGCAACUUGCGACUAUACCGGACCCCGCCCUCACAAAUCCUCUCCUCCGAGACUACGAUAACCUGUUCCGUAUCUUUUAUAACUUCCCGCCUGUCCUCAACUCGACCAACAUCGCCUCAGCUUACUCGGAAUGCAAGACCCUUCUCUCCUUGGCGGAUAUGUACGACGCGCUGCCCGUGGUUGGACCACGGAUCGACCACCAUCUUCUCCGGUUCUCGUCACGACUUUUCAAACAAAUUGCAAAGUAUCCCCCUUCAUAUCUGAAACUCGGCUAUCUUGCGCGAAGCCGCAUCAUCUUCUCCGAAGCCCUGACCCACGUGGUAGGACAGUGGCCUGCCGCGUUGCCCUACCUCAAACCACCUAGUCACGCUGGUGGAGGAUACGAAGUCCCGCAAUCCGUCAUCGAUCUGAUUGAGGACAAAGUUGACGAGUUGGAAGAGUUGAAGCAAAGAGUUGAGACGAAACUAUUCAGACUGACCCUCACAACGAGUCGCGGUGAGCGGGUGAAUCCAGCCAAUGACUACCUUGGUUGGCUUGCAAUGAGUCUGUGGCGGCAGUGGUUGGCAGAGAACACCACGCCUGAGGUGCGUGGGAUAUUGAAGAACGGCCCCAGCUCGCGGCCGGGCAGUGCGACUGCAAUCAUUAACGUGCAGGCACAAGGGUCUAUGGGGAGACCGCCGGCUCCAGGUACGGUUGCGCGAAAUCCUACACAAGCUGCGCCACCGCCAGCCGUCAACACCGGUCGAAUCUUUAGAAUGAUAGCUUCUCCGAACGCAGAGAUCUAUCUGCCUUACGACGAGCUGAAACGCUUUCUGAAGAUUAAACCGCCGGGCCAGCCAAGUUCUCCGGCACUGUACACACGAGAGAACCUACGACGGUUCGAGCGAAAGAUUGAUGAGAUCAAGAAUGUGGCACGAGAUAUUGUGAAACCCCUAACAAGAAAUUGCCUCGAAUUAGAUUUGAGAAGUUUGAGUGAUGGCCAGGGUGGCGGACUAGGCUAUCUGACUUGCAUGCGGUGUGAAGAGGAGGAUUUGCCUUGGGACAUCUGA